AUGAAUCAAUUGCUACCAAAAGUGUCCAGUGAGCAGUGUACUACACCAACACCUGUUUCACUGGAUUGCAAUCAGUCAAAUCAAGUAUUGUUUGAUAUGGGAGACAUAGAUCCUUUCAAGGAGAGUGUGGAAUUACAAGCCUGCAAUGAUGCUACAGUGGCACAGUUAUCAGUAGAGAGAGAGGAUGCCAUGGAUACUGUGUCAUCAGCCUCAUACAGGGCUAUACCAACAUCGCUCAGUCUAGAACGUCAAAGCGGCACGGAUUAUGGUGAUGAGGACAUUGAAGACAUCGACAUGGACUAUGAUCAUGAGCUACCAAAAGAAACUCAAGUGCAUUUGCCAGCCAUGGAAAUUGUCAUUCGAAACCUGGGCAUUCUACAGGAACGCCAAAAAGCACAAGCAAAUGCCCACUUGAAACCAGCACAAGAGCGCGGCAUAAACAGCACGGAUACACAGGACAUUGAAUACUCUUUGGGACCUCCCAUCGAUACUCAACUGUACAAUAGCAGUUUGAACAACCUAGAUAAAAGCAUCAAGAACAUUCCUGUCAAUCGCUUAGGGCCUCGAGAACAAGAAGAAGCGGAUGAGCCUGUGCGAAAAGGCAUGAAGUACAUGUUUGACAACAAUUUUUUAAAGGCGAAAUCACUGUUUCAAAAGAGAUGCUACAGUGAUCCACUGUAUGCUCUUGGUUUGGGAGCCAUGACAUUCAUUAAAGCCAUGAUGACAUACAAUGAAGAUGAUAUUCAGCUCGCCAUGGAUACCCUUACACUCGCGUACAAUAUUGCAGCAGUACAGAUUGAUAAUGCAGCGGUUAAAAAGCCAUACAAGAGCACAUGGUCCUCCUACUUGUCGACUAUGGUUUCUUCUAAUCAGACUGGACUUCCCAGCUGUCCUCCUGUAGUGACAAUGAAGACGGACGAUACCAGCUACUCAAAUGACGGUCCAAAAUUCUUACCAAAUGGCGUGUUGCGAGCCAACGUCGUAAAGGCAGAGAGCUGUUUACUGAUGGGUAUGCUACAGCUGACUCAGGAAAGCGUCGUUGGCUAUGUUAAAUGUGGACUCAAUUUGAGAAGAGCCUAUGGAUGUUACACGGUGGUGUGGCAAGAACACAAAAGAAUGGGGCAGGCAUAUACGAAAUACAUGGACAGAAAUACAGUAUCAGCAAUACAAUUUGGCAUCGGCACGGUGCACUUGUUACUGUCGUCAUUGCCGCCAAAGAUCCUCAAAAUAUUUUCAACCCUCGGCUUCAAGAGUGAUAAACAAUUGGGAUUUGCGUUGCUCAAGCUGUGUCUUGAAGGCAAAGGCAUUCGAGCUCCUUUGGCCUCCUUGGUAUUGCUGACAUACUUUUCCAUUCUAUCAUCAUUUGUUCCUCAAAUCUAUACCAAAGAACUGAUGGGACCCGCAGUGGAAUGCCUUACAAACGCGCAAAAGAGCCACCCAAGCUCUUGCUUCUUCUUGUUUUAUGCUGCUCGCAUCAGCCGCAUUGCACGCAAUCUUCCACUAUCGACGCAGUCAUUCACGUUUGCCGUGGAUUCUAGUCGUGGUGAAUGGGCUCAUGAGGCCAUGUCACACAUGGGCAGCUAUGAGAUUGGCUUCAACUUUGCAUUACAGCUCGAUUGGGUAUCAGCAGAGGUGUACUUUGAAAAGCUGAGAAAAGAAAAGUACUACUGGUCUCCAGCAUUCUGUCAAUACUUUAUUGGCGCUUGCCGUGGUAUGCUUGGGAAACGCGCUGAGAGCAUUUUAGCAUUUGCAGAAGUACCUCAAAAAGUAAAUGAGCAGCAAAGAAAGUCGUACAUUGAUGUGUACGUUCAGCAAAAGGUCGAGUUUUUUCAAAAGAGCGGCUAUCAGGACAUGGAUUUUUGCUUGCCUGGACUGGAGCUCUUGCUGGUAUGGAAUGCCUUUGAUCAAAUGCAAAAGAAUGCCCUGGAGGUGUGUCUCUUGAUUGUGCAGAGUACGUUGGAAUUGAUAUACGAAAGGGAGAGAGCAGAGUACAAGAUCCGAUUGCGAGAAUUGGUGCCAUCAGCCAAUCCACCAGACUAUUACGAUCAACGCGCCAUCCUCUUGCUGAUCAAAGCAUCAGUUUUGAACGCAUUGAAACGAUACAGUGACAGCAUUGCUCAUCUCAAUUGGAUCAUGGAUCACAAGCACCAGCUGAAAUCAGAGACAUGGAUUAUUCCAUUCACCUACUGGGAGUCUGGAGUAACCAGCUGGGGCAUGAAAAAUUACGAAAGGAGCCGCAAGGUUUGGGAAAAGGCUCUGUCCUGUACAAAAUAUGCAUUCGAGUACAGAAUGGCAGUGCGAUUGAGUUUGGCUCUAUCAAAAUGUGACGAGAUUGGUGUCACCGUCAGCAAGUCAAAGAAGCAUAAAGGCAUUUCCACCAAUGGUCGUAAGAGAAUGCCAAUUGUACCUUGCUAA